GUUGGGGACGCUYGGUGGCUUCCAAAGAUCGUAAAGAAAGAAUAAYUCCGUAAUACUUUCGCGUAUUGUUGUUACUAAACUAAUAAAAUAKUARUCUAKAUAUAAUYAUUAAAACCGAUAGCAGCAUUCUAAACRCGUAAAAAUUAAAAGACGUUUAGUUUCAACACAWAUUAGUGUAAGGGYUUGUAGCUGGAAUUUCGGUCAGAGUGAGCGCUCUUCGUUCAGCAAAGACUCUCUGUCCUCUUCUCUCACAUCCUUUGAUGGCAGCUCAUUCGUUGACCGGUCAGUGAAAACAGAGGRGCUAAUGUUGGAUCUAAUGAGAUAACAUUAGGUAGCGUGUUUGGUCCGACAKGGGGAAGCUAGCAUGUAGGCGACUGUGAAUAUUACAUUCGGUGGGUCAAUGUCUGCGACAUUAACCCUGAGAGUCAGAGUCGUAGAUGCCCCGAGGUUCAACUCGACGCUCGUGCGAGAGAUUGCUGAAAGAAGAGAACCUAUCUGACCAGCAUGGCUCCUCACCCAGUGGUCCAGGCCAUCAUUGAUCUCUCUGCAGGAGCUAUAGGGGGAGCCGCGUGCGUCUUCAGUGGACAGCCUCUGGAUACAGCGAAGGUGAAGAUGCAGACCUUUCCCACCAUGUACCGAGGCUUUAUCCACUGCAUCGUGUCAAUCUACAAACAGGUGGGUGUACGUGGUCUCUACCAGGGCACCACUCCAGCACUGAUGGCCAAUAUCGCAGAGAACUCCGUGCUCUUUAUGAGCUACGGCUUCUGCCAGCAGGUCAUCCGCUUCACAGCUGGACUGCACAAAGAGGCCGUGUUGAGUGACGUGCAGAAAGCCUGUGCCGGCUCAGUUGCAUCAAUCUUCUCCUCUCUGGUGCUCUGCCCCACUGAACUGGUGAAGUGUCGACUGCAAGCCAUGCAUGAAAUGGAAGCGUCGGGCAAGAUCGCCAAGAGUCAGAACACCGUGUGGUCGGUGGUGAAAUCCAUCAUGAGGAACGAGGGGCCGCUGGGUUUCUUUCAGGGGCUGAUCCCCACCAUCGCCAGAGAGGUGCCCGGUUACUUCUGCUUCUUCGGUGCCUAUGAGCUGUGGCGCACGGCAUUCGCAGAUUACAUGAAGUGUGGCAAAGACGACAUAGGUGUGGCUCCGACCGUGUUCAGUGGUGGUUUCGGGGGGGCGUGCCUCUGGCUGGUGGUCUAUCCCAUGGACUGUGUUAAAUCCCGGAUUCAGGUCAUGUCCAUGAUGGGCAAACAGGCGGGCUUUGUCAGAACCUUCAUGACUAUUGCUCACACUGAAGGCGUGAGGGCGCUCUACUCCGGCCUCACCCCCACCAUGGUGCGCACCUUCCCGGCUAACGGAGCUCUGUUUCUGGGCUACGAGACCAGCAGGAAGUUCAUGAUGAAACACUUCGACAGCUGAACCCAAACUGCUACACUCCUCUGCUUGAAGAGAACCAGAACYGUGUUUAUAUUUCUCUUUGCUCAAUCUCGGUGAUGUUUUUAGACUUGUUAUAUUAAAAUCUCAAAAAAUUAUUGUUUAAUAGAAGGAAAAUUCAGUAUUUAAACAACCAGUGUUUUUAUAAACRUGUUUUAGUCCUACUUCAACAAAGCUGCAUCUUCUCUCCGUUAGAAUAUCUUUAACCCSUUAAUGCUUGUUUUUAAAGAUGUUGAGCUUUUUGUAAAUUAAAAUUUGAAAUAGAAGUGCCACACUACAUAUAUGAAGCCAAAUAUUUGGUGGGCUUUUUGUUUGCUGCUUUUGAUUUUAUCCGUGUUCAAACAGAAGAACUGAAUUUGCCAAUAAGUUUUAAAAAUGUUUUAAAUGUGUAAAACUUAAAAAAAGCAGUUCUUUCAAAAUUAAUCUUUAAUUAGAAUGCAUGUAUGGUUCUUUAUUUAUUUAUUUAUUUAUUUUGGCUUUUCUGUUUGGAAACAAAAUCAUAAAAACCACUGCAUUGA